UUUAUUGAGUUGUUAAGUAACGCAUUUUUCGAAAGAAUUGAUUGGUUGAAAAUGAAUUUUGGUCAAGUUAGAAACAUAUGAUAUUGACUCGAUCAUGUCGGCGGCGUCAAAAAGUAAGCAGAAGCGGUCGUGGAUUGCGUCUUCAUUUGAUGAUGACGAUUUCUCUACAACUACCAGUAACGACACAAAACUCGGCGCCCCCACCAUAUACAAGAAAUUGAAGGGCAUUUCAAAGUCGAGCAAGAACCCUUCGCUGUGGAGUGGAGAGUUCGUCAACAAAGACAGGCUGGCGGUGCACAAGAAGAAGGCAGAGGAGGUCGAGAAAUGGCUUAUCAACGCCCUCACCGGCGUCCCGGGCCACCGCGUGUUGCUGCUCACAGGGCCGGCAGGCUGCGGCAAGACGGCCUGCGUGCGAGCGCUAGCUGAAGACAUGACCGUCGUUGUCAAGGAGUGGAUCAACCCGAGCUCCGUCUACACGAAUAACUCAAACUGGGAGUCACGACCGUGGGUUCCUGGCGAUCAGGUGUCAGAGUCUGGCGCCGCGACGCUCUUCCGUGAGUACGUGAGCCGCGUCAACAAGUACGGCAGCGUUACGACGGUGACCACGAAUCCCUCCAACCGCGACUACAACGGUCAGCUUCUGCUCGUCGAGGACCUCCCCAACGUCUUCUACAGAGAGCCAGCGCUGCUGCAGGAUAUCAUAAGGCGUUACGUCUUGUGCGGCAGGACACCGGCAGUGUUCAUCAUGAGCGAUGCGCCUCAGCUGGAACAUUCCUCCACUCGUCUAUUUCCACCCAACUUCUGCUCCGCUGUUGGCGUUACUAUCAUACAGUUCAAUUCCGUGGCAACGACGCUGAUGACCAAAGCUCUGAGUGAGGUAUGCCGUCGUCACGACGUUCCGGUGAGCACUGAACUGAUCACUUGCAUCACCGAGGCGGCCUCUGGUGACCUACGCUCUGCUACAAACGCUCUCCAGUUCUCUCUGGAUUUCUCCGACACUACUAAGAAUAUUCUUUUAGCUCCAUCGAAGAAAAAGUCCCGCAGGAAGAUGGCAAACACAGAUGACAUUUCCCCCGCUGUAGCUACGUCUACUAACGCCAAAGACUCGGCACUCCCAUUAUUCCGCGCUCUCGGGAAGGUGCUCUACUGUAAGCGAAGUGACAGUCCUGCAGCGCCAUUACCUCCUCACCUUCGCCAGGAGGAGCGUGCGCCUGCCACAGCAGAUCCCGAGGUCCUGCUUGACACGUGCUACUUGACACCGCCCACGUUCGCUGCCUUCCUUCACCAGAACUACACGCCCUUCAUGAAGAGCGUUGCAGGAGCCUCCACCGCCCUGCAGUAUCUGUGUGAUGCCGACCUCAUACUCUCACAAUGGGCGGACGGUGAAAAGCUAUGGUCGUACGGUAGCGUUGCGGCACGAGGUGUUAUGCAUGCUACCGGCGUUGACUCUGGCUCGGAAGUAUCAAAGAUUUCUACAUUUCGUCCGCUUGUGAGUCCUGCGUUCAACGAUGUCACGCGCACCGCCUCGGGCUUCCUGGAACGCGUGCGCUCGAAAUUUCCAACGGGCAGCCUGCACGACCUUACUUCCAUUAUAUUACCAUAUUCAUCGAUCAUCGAUCCAUACAAGUUUGGCGGACUCGCUUCGGAAUUAGGAAGAAUGGCUGAAAGUGGGAGAGUGAAACAGCUGCAGUGUCAUUUUUCCGAGCAUUCAAGAGAAGAAUCUGUAUCUGAACCAAUAGAUUAUGACGACACUAUCGAAGAAGUGUCGGACUAAUUGCAUGGUAAACUAUUAAAGCUUAAGGUAGUGAAAAUAAUAGUAUUAUGAUAAACGCGGGUCAUUGUUAUCCAGAUCAUUGCCCGGUAUCUGUGAAACUCAUAUUAUUCACUUUUCUAUUUUUAUCAAGUCAUUGUUAACGAAAUGAUUAGAUGGUAUUUAGACACCUGUAGAUGAAAAUGAUGAACGAAUAGAAUAGUAUUCGUGUAUGGAUCAAAAAAGAAAGUUUGCAGAGAAGAAGUAUUAUAUUUAAAAUUGGCGGAGGCACACGAUAUACAGUAAUGUAAAUGCACUAAUACAGAAAUGUCUAACGAGUAAUGCUAGAAAGUUACCGAGUAGUAUUGUUGUUACUAGUGAUUUCAAAAAUAUAGGUUAUGAAAAGGUAAGAAUAUCUCUUCGGCACAUGUGGGUUCUUUAUUACACUUGCCUGAAGUUGAUACUUGAAGGGUUAUUCUUUGAAGGGUUAUUAUUUUGAAUUGGAAAAAUAAGAUUGCAAAUUUAGGGCUAACAAAUUGAAGACUAUCGUAGGAGCUUAAUCGAAGAGAAAGAGUAGAAAAAUUACACCUUGGCAUGAUUCUCGAGUGGCAGAAAUGUGCAGGAACAAUCGAACUAAGAUUAUCUACAUUAAAUUUCAUUAUAUAACAUCAAUCCGUCAAAUCUCAAUUACAACAUUUCAUUGUUUAUAUUUGACAUUCGCUUCUUUCAGGUAUUUUGAGUCUCUAAAAGAGAAUGUCAAGCAUUGUCUAUAAAUUCUAAGGAAAAUAUAGCUACUUUGCUUGACUACUCGUAAGAUUUGUAGUUUUUUAUAAUGUACAAGACAUAGAAAUAAUCAACGACACAGCAGACUUCAUACGCAUCCGAAUAUUAUGAACGAUAAAAUCAGUUCAUGACAUGCAACAUGUGGAAAGAAUCUAAAAUAAAGAUUGUUCAACAAUUUACAACUGCGGAGAAAAAAAAAAGUCUCUUGUUUAUACACAUUUCAUGCUUAUUCUUGCAGGCUCAUUUCAUAUUUAAUGGAUUAUAAGUUUGCGCGGCUUGAAAAAAUACAUGCCUGUAUUCUUGUCCAUAAUAAUCCUUCAACGAAAUUGAACUAACUGAUAACAUUAUUCAGUUUAUAUCAACGUAGCGUAGCAUAUCUGCUCCCGUUCUUUACUCACAAAAUAUAUCGCUGGUUCAAUAUAACGUGUAGGUAUAGUUUUGCAAGUUAUUCUAUUAAUCAUUCGCAAAAAUAAAUAUAUCAAACUCUAGUGGCAAAUAUGUUCUACGCGUUUUUUUAUUAAUAAAAAAAAUUGAUUGUCAA